GUGCAAUCAUAACUCACUGCAGCCUUGAACUCCUGCCCUCAAGUGAUCUUCCUGCCUCCCAAAGUGCUGGGAUUACAGGCAUGAGCCACCAUGUGCCACAUUCUGAAUCUGACCUUGGACCACCUCUCUUACCUCCUCUUCCUCUACUUCCCAGUAAUGAACCCUCAGCCCCAGGCAGGCCCGCCUGCCUUAUGAACCCCACCUCCCUCCCAUGCACACCUCCACACCUUGUCCAUGCUUCCUGUCUGCAGGUCAGUCCUCUCCUUCCUUCAGCAUAGAUUUAGGGUCUGCUGUUGGCUAGGCACUUUCAGGGAUAUAUCUGCAAACGCAAAACAUGCAAAAAACAUCCCUGCUCACGGCGCUUAUGUUAUGACAUAUGGGCUGUGCUUUCUCUUUUCUUUCACCUGUCCAGAUUCUAGAACAAGUUUGCCUUUCCCUGGAAGCCAUUGCUGACUGUUUUGACCCUGGUUCUUUUCUUCAGAAUUCUUGGGGGCACUGGUUACCUGUUCCUCCCCUUUGAAAUACACUGCCUUGUAUUUUUGCAGUUUUUAUAUGUGAGUAUCUUGCCUCUUCAAGUAUAUCUUAAGCUUCUUGAAGGCAGACACCAUGUCAUUUGUCCAUGAGAGAGUGUGCACCAAGGUCCCUAUACUGCAUGUGUUCAAGACCUUAAAGAUUUAAAUUCCCAAACUGACCGUAGGACUUUGCAAUUAGUCACCUGAUAAAUAUUUUUAAUUGAUUUAAUGAUAUUUAUUGCUCUCUGCUUUUUCAAGUGGAGCAGCUCUAAGAGCAUGUGAGACCAUUAGUCAUCAAGCAUUUAUUAAGAUCCUCCGUGUGUCACUAUGUGGCGCUACUAUUUAAUCUACUGCCAAGGACGCAGGCAAGUGCCAAGCACAACUUCUGCCCACACCUCAUCAACUGAGCAAAUCACCUCUGCGGUCCUCUAUGUGAUGUUUGUAAAUCUUUACUGUAACACCGAAGCUGUUACUCAAAGAUGCAAGAGGCACGGGGCAAGGAGGAGGACUGCUAAUGGCGGCUGCGUGUGAUUCUUGAGCCCAUCUUGCUUUCAGACACCAAGAUCUAAAGCAUCAGCAGACCUUUCUUGUCUUUAUUUCUCGGUAGAGGCCAAUGGUGUCCAUUAUGAAACCCAUCGUACUCUCAGUAGGGCAGCAAGAUGAGCUUGUGGUGGUUUUGCCUGACCAUAUAUACUUUUUCCCAUGGUCCUUCAAUAAAAGUCUGCUGGGGGGCAGUCGUCAGGGGUCAUAGACCCCAGUAGAGGCAAUUCCUACGGGAGACCCCACCUGUGAACUUACCUCAUUGGUCCGUGUGCCAAGUAAGCAGAUUGGCUUCAGUUUAAAUUAAAAAAUUGAGAUAUAGGUUUUAACAUUUUUUGUUUACAGUGGCUUUUUUACUCUAAUAAUCAAGAGGUAGCACAUGUUGUUGAAAGAACAGACUUUCAACAGCAGUGGUUGUUGAAGAUGAUGUAGAAAGUCUGUAGAACAGCAUACAUAAAAAGGUAAAAGGUAAAAUUGACCUUCAGUGGCUGAAAGAACAGACUCGAGAGCCAGCUGCCUUGGGUUCAAAUCCUGUCUCUGCCGUUUACCAGCUCUACGAGCUUCGGGAAGACAGUUCCCCUCUUUAGGUGGGGAUCACCCCAGUACUUAACUUCCAGAGUCCUUCUGAAGAUUAUGUGAGUUUCUAAAUACAGACAUACUAGGCCCAUAUAUAGAUGAAAACAUGCAUGCUUGGAUAUUAGAAAUUAUGACUACAUUUUUAUUUGUACAUUCUCAUCCCUUUUCUUCGAGUAUUUGGAUUUUUUUUUUUUCUUUCUCCACAUAUUUAACCUUUCGUAGAUUAUAGAAGAAACUUGUGUCUUUAACUGUCAGGAAGUGGUGCAGUGACCCAGGGCUUCCCAGGAGGCUCUUACAUUGCUAGGACUACAGAUAUGUCUAUUUAGAUCGGAAUUUGUAAUACAUUUGUUCUAUGCGUUCAUCAUCGCAUUCUUAAGGUGCGUGUGCUUAUUAGGCACGCUGUCUGACCUCACAGUGAUCAGACCAAGCCCCACAGGAAUGGGCUGGAUUGCGUCAGUUUAGUUUGGGUGGAUUUGUAACCAACGACACAGCCACACUUAAAGAGGUUUGACGAAAGGUGAGUGACUUUGGUUGGAGGCCCUGGUGCUGGGCCCUAGGCUCCAUCUGUGGCAUGGAUGAGAAGCUACUGGCUUAUCAAAGAGGAGAGAAAAUCAUACACUAGAAAGGAAAAUCAAGACUGUAUUUGGUUAAAUAAGUGGAGAAAGAAAAAAAAAAAACAAAUACUUGAAGAAAAGGGAUGAGAACAUAUAAUAAAAAUGUAGUCAUAAUUUCUAAUAUCCAAACAUGUAUGUUUUCUUCUAUAUAUGGCCUAUUAUGUCCUUACAUGCUUCUGAUCAAGCAUACAAGGUAAAAUUGAUGAGGCUGUUAAAAAGUGCAGCAGUAGCCGCUGGUGUGGAACACAUUCUCAAGGGGGUCACAGGGUGAUAGUCCAGGACAGGGAGGACAUAGUGUCACAGGGAGGACUCAGCAGGAGGAUGACACAUCAUCUGAGGGAAAUGGAUACACCAGACCAGAGCAAAGGGGGGACCCCAGGAGGGCAGAGGAUGUGAAAAGCGACAGGCGGUUGAGGGCAUGGAAGACGUUUUAUUUAAUAACAUUCAAAGCAAGCAUCUCAGUGGAUCAGUAGAUGAAUAUAUAGUCUGCGUGCCUGCCAAGUGUCCCAAACUCUAGGCAACUAGAGAAGAGCUGAGCUGGGCACGGGGACCCGGUUAGUGUUUGUAGCUGUCAGAUGAGUGAUGGCGCACAAGAGGGUUACACAUUUUGUAGCCUCCCAAGGACAGAAUGGGUGUCCCUGUGCAGGGGUGAGAAGAGACGCUGAUUUGGACUCAACUCGCAGGGGGGCCUUUGCCGGAGCCUGAGCUCUGUGGGUGUAGGUUUUGGAGGACAGGCUGAAUCACCCGAGUCAGGAGAGAAUAGGAUGCUUCCAGGAUUUUAGCCUGGAGACCCACAUGGGGACCCCUGUAACUCUGAGUUUCAGGGGUGCCUUACGAACAGCUUCAGUGCAUUUCCCGUCUUUGCUGGCACCCUACAUUUUGUGCCCCUGGUAGCUGAGCUGCUGAAUUCAUGAGGCUGUGGGAGAAUUUGCUGCACAGUCAUCUGCCACCCACCUCUAUGGGUUUCUGAGAAUGGGAUAAUUUUUUGGUUACCUGGAUCCUGAGUGGAGGCAGCAAGAUGUGCCUGUUUUGAUGUUACUGCGUUUGAAAGAGUUUGGCAGUAGCAGUUCCACUGCCGUGGGAUUCGUUUCCUUAGCCUCUCUGACUCCAUUUUUCUCUGGGUUUUAUGUGGCUGCUCUACUCCUUCCAUUCUGUCCUCUCUCUCAAGUGCCGCCCCCGUUUUCCUCCGGAGAUGUGUACGUGUUGCUUCUUGCACUCUAAAUAAAGACUAAAUGUUUUCUCUGCUGGCAUAAGUUCCCCUGUGUGUGUGUGUGUGUCGGUGUGUAAAUGCAUGUCCACAGGUGAGCGUGGCACCCAUAGUGCAAUGAAAACGACAUUUUUAUGCAGAUGCGUGGUUCAUUUUCACCUUGCUGAUCUUAGCCGUAGGCAUUUUUAAGAAAAGACGGAGGAAACAGCCACCCCCCAAAUCCCAUGAAUCCUGCUUCUCGGUGCGAUUGGAGUUGUGUUGUAAGCGCAGGAGAGGCUCCUGCUGAGAGCGAGUUCCUGACAUAGUGACCUCAUUCCCAACGCCGCCCUCCUCGCAGCGGCAGAAGCCGCGCUGGCUGGUGCUGGGCGAGCUCCGCCGCUGCCCGGACCGCGAGCCUGACGGCUGUGUGUCGGGAAUAGAGAGACCCAGGCUUGCAAAGACUUGCACGGCGACUGGAAUUUGUGACAAAUAGCUCAGUGCAGCUAAACUUUGAUACAGUGUGCAGUAGAACCGCCUGUUACACACAAGGGAGGUGCGUCCUUCGUCACAAUGCAAAGCCAGCCUUAACACAAAAAUAGGAAAAUGUGGCAGGUCUCUAAUUACGGACUGAGAACAAGCAGAAGAGGAGUGACACUGCAGAUUCCGAGGCAUUGCAGUGGGAUGUUGGCUCAGCAAGUGGCUGUGAUGUAUGGGAUAGGCAUGGAACAGGAUUCCAGCUGUUCCGUGCAAAUAAGAUAAAAGAAUGGUAAAGAGGAUUCCUUUUUUCUUCCCCUCCUCAAAACGUUACCAGCAAAGUACAUUCACAAAGCCUUUUUAAGGUGCCUUUUGCCAGCUUUUGAACUGAACUUGUACCAGUACCUCAAGCCCUGAAUUGUAAGAAGAGCUGAGAGUUCUGGAACUCAUUUUUAAAAAGUAGAUCUACGAAGAUUCUAGGACGUCCGUUUCUGUUACUGGCUCCUUCUUGUGCUUGGAUGCAACCCCCUAGCAUGCGCCAGGCUUUAGCGUCAACGCUACCUGGGGGAUGGAGCCAGUCCAGAAAGGGUCAGGUGAUGUAUCACCCAUCAGUAUGUCUCCCAUCAGUCAGUCUCAGUUUAUUCCACUCGGGGAAAUCCUCUGCUUGGCCAUCUCAGCAAUGAACUCGGCAAGAAAACCUGUCACCCAAGAAGCACUGAUGGAACACCUGACCACAUGUUUCCCAGGUGUUCCAACCCCAAGCCAAGAAAUUCUGCGGCACACGCUGAACACGCUGGUACGGGAGAGGAAAAUCUACCCAACUCCAGAUGGCUACUUCAUCGUGACCCCGCAGACCUAUUUCAUAACUCCUUCCCUCAUAAGAACUAACAGUAAAUGGUACCAUUUGGACGAGAGGAUACCUGACCGGUCUCAGUGCACCUCUCCGCAACCCGGGACCAUCACGCCCUCUGCCUCAGGCUGUGUCAGGGAAAGGACAUUGCCCCGAAACCACUGCGACUCUUGCCACUGCUGCAGAGAAGACGUGCACAGCACACAUGCACCCACCCUGCAGAGGAAGUCUGCCAAGGACUGCAAAGACCCUUACUGCCCCCCUUCUCUGUGCCAGGUGCCACCCACUGAAAAGAGCAAAAGUACUGUAAAUUUUUCCUACAAGACAGAAACUCUCUCAAAACCUAAAGACAGUGAAAAGCAGUCAAAAAAAUUCGGGCUAAAGUUAUUCCGGCUAAGUUUUAAAAAAGACAAGACCAAACAGCUGGCCAAUUUUUCUGCCCAGUUUCCUCCUGAAGAGUGGCCCCUGCGAGACGAGGACACGCCAGCUACGAUCCCCCGGGAAGUAGAGAUGGAAAUCAUUAGGCGCAUUAACCCAGACCUGACCGUGGAAAAUGUCAUGCGGCACACCGCCCUCAUGAAGAAACUGGAAGAAGAAAAGGCCCAGAGGAGUAAAGCCGGGUCCUCUGCCCAUCACAGCGGAAGGAGUAAAAAGAGUAGGACUCAUCGGAAGUCCCAUGGAAAGUCUCGGUCUCACAGCAAGACACGAGUGUCUAAAGGAGACCCCUCCGAUGGUUCACAUCUGGAUAUCCCAGGUGAAAGAGAGUAUGACUUCUGUGAUCCUCUUUCCAGGGUGCCCAGGGAGGGCUGCUUCAUCAUUGAACACAAGGGAGAUAACUUCAUCAUGCACAGCAACACCAACGUGCUCGAGUCCCACUUCCCCAUGACACCAGAAUGGGAUGUGUCCGGUGAAUUGGCCAAAAGGAGAACUGAGAUGCCUUUUCCUGAACCUUCUAGGGGAAGCUCCCACUCAAAAGUGCACCGAAGCCACAGCCAUACCCAGGACCGGAGGUCCAGGAAUGAGAGAUCCAACAAAGCCAAGGAGAGAUCCAGGUCGAUGGAUAACUCCAAAGGCCCUCUGGGUGCUUCUUCUCUAGGGACGCCAGAAGACCUGGCUGAAGGCUGCAGCCAAGGCGACCAGACCCCCAGCCAAUCCUUCAUUGACGACAGUACUUUAAGGCCUGCACAGACUGUUGGUCACCAAAGGGCUCACAUUUCAUCCACAAGCUAUAAAGAGGUGUGUAUUCCAGAGAUAAUCAGUGGCAGCAAGGAACCAUCCAGCGCUUGUAGCCUUUUGGAGCCAGGCAAACCACCUGAGAGUUUGCCGUCCUAUGGCGAACUCAACUCUUGUCCAACAAAAACAGCCACAGAUGACUAUUUCCAGUGCAACACCUCUAGUGAGACAGUGCUCACGGCACCAUCACCUCUGGGAAAGAACAAGGAGGACCAUGACACUCUGACUUUGGCAGAAGGGGUGAAAAAGCUCUCCCCAUCUGAUAGGCAGGUCCCCCACUCCUCCAGGGAGCCUGUAGGACACAAGGAGGAGUCACCAAAAGGGCCGGGUGGGGGCCCAGCUGCUUCGGGAGGAGUGGCUGAGGGGAUCGCCAAUGGCCGCCUCGUCCAGCACCAUGGUGCCGAGCCCAGCAGCUUGGACAAGAGGAAAGAGAUAUUUAGCAAAGACACCCUGUUCAAACCUCUUCACAGCACCUUGUCUGUAAACAGCUAUCACAAAUCCAGCCUGUCCCUCCUCAAAUCUCACCCGAAGACACCUGCUGACACAUUGCCAGGCCGAUGUGAGAAACUGGAACCGUCCUUGGGGACCUCGGCGGCACAAGCCACGCCUGCUUCCCAACGUCAGCAGGAGUCAGGAGGGAACCAAGAAACCUCUUUUGACUAUUACAACGUCUCUGAUGAUGAUGACUCUGAGGAAGGGGCAAACAAGAACACGGAGGAGGAGAAAAAUAGAGAGGACGUAGGCACCAUGCAGUGGCUCCUCGAGAGGGAGAAGGAAAGAGACUUGCAGAGGAAAUUUGAAAAGAACCUCACCCUUCUCGCCCCAAAAGAAACCGACAGCAGCAGCAACCAGAGAGCCACCCAUUCAGCCCGGCUCGACAGCAUGGACAGCAGCAGCAUCACAGUGGACAGUGGAUUCAACUCCCCACGUACUCGGGAGAGCCUGGCUUCCAACACAUCAAGCAUUGUUGAAAGUAACCGUCGUCAGAAUCCUGCUCUGAGCCCGGCGCAUGGUGGAGCUGGUCCAGCCUUCAACUUCCGAGCGAGCACGGACCCGCCGACAAAUGAAGCUGAGAAGCUACAGAAACCUUCCAACUGCUUGCAAGCUUCUGUUACUAGUGUGUGAUAGUCCUUCUGCCUCAGAUCUUCUGUCUCAUUCGAUACAGCAAAGUUUACGACACUGGGACUGAUGUUUACAUCUUUGGAAAGACAAGCAUCUCAACCACAGUUUUUGUGUUUACUUAAACUGUGCUGCUAAGUAGGGCUAGGGCAAAAAAACAAAAAAAAAUCUUUAUUUCAGAGUAUUGCUUUUCACAUUUAUGGCUCUGUAGCAACUGAAUAACAGUAGGGGUGAUAUGUAUACUUUUGCUUCACUAAUUGUAUCUGAGCACACAUAGGAAAGUCUAGACACUGUAAGUGUAAUAUGCAUUUUCAAUGUCAUGCAGUUGCCAAUUCCAUUUUAAAAUGCCACAGAUGCGUGUUGCUCCCAGUCUGUGGUUAAACGGUGCCACAGAACUGAUCCUUGACACUUCCAAAAAAAACAAAAAGCAAAAAAACAAAAAAAAACAAAAAAACUAAGUCACCACGAAAUGUCAAAUGCCAGGGUCCACCUUGAGGGAAAUAGAUGCCAAACUAAGUAGAAGGGACCCUGGCCCUUUGUGUGUGAAUUGUUUAUGCACCAGUCAUUUUUCACUGUGAGUUUUCGUGACACUAUUUUGCAGGAGCCCAUGGAAGUGUGUGAGAAGGGGUCGCAAUGGAAAUCGCUGGGAGUGAAUGUUUUCAGGAUUUUGUUUUCCGGUGUAACAGAUGCUUGUCUGAUUUUUUAACCUUCCAUGAUCACAAACAGGAAUAUAGGCCUUUGAAUCUGAAGUGGACAAAGGAAAGGAAUUUCCAAUCUGGCUGGGGCACAGCACUAGGUGAUGGGAGAGGUGAUGUGGACUUGUAAAAGGCAUUACUCACAUAUUGAAGGAAGAGAAUUUCCUCCUUGUGAUACUUAGGAUGACCCUAUCUUACUCAAAUAGAUACAAUAAUUAGUUUGUUUAAAAGCAAAAUGUUCUUUGUGAUACAAAUGAAGAGUAUGGCCUGAGGAUGUUAUUCUUUCUAAUGGAAGGACAUAAAUCUAUUUUAUGUAGUUUUAGAUAGAAUGCCUAAAUUAGGCUGUGGGAGAUAAUUUUUAGUGGUUAUAGGAAAGAGCAAAUUUAGGGAGAGUUGAACUUCAGGCCUUUUAUUCCUGGGAAGAUAUCUAUAGAGAAAACUUUUAAAAUAAUUUUUGAUUAGAAAUAUACAUGUGCCCAUGUAAUAAACAACAGAAUGUGCUCAUUCUGCUAGUGUGGUAUAAUCCUAAUUUGUACUCCCCUAAAAUUUAUCAGAAUAACAAUUAUGCAUACAUGAACUAUGCCAGAGUAAUGUUUACAGAUACUUUGUAACCAAUUUCAGGAGGCGUUUUUAGGUGGAUGUGUAGUUAAUUAGCCCAACUUAUUUCAAAAUGGUUUGUUAACAUUUUGCUUUGGUUUCCAAUGUCAUGUUGAACACAAAGAAGACCCAGCAGCAAAGGGAUGACCAAUAAUUUCAUCUUAUAGCAAACAGACAUUCCAACAUUCCUAUGUUUUAUUUUCUGAGAACAGUGGAACAGAUCUGUAGUAAUGGAAUAUUAUUUGCAAAAGGGUUACGUAGGACACAAGUAAGUGUUCUGACAUAAAGUUUUAUUUAGUUCAGUGGCAUGUGCUGCUGGGAGCCAUACACCAUAAAAUAUAUAUAUAUCCCAAAAUAAAUCUAGAAUAUUUUCACCUCCGAUUUCAGUAAUUGGCAUAUGAUUUGUGAGACACAUCUGUUUUUGUAUUAGGUUUAAUCACUAGCAAUCUGUUUAAAGAAUCCAGUCCUAUACACAGUUGGACUCAUUCUUGAAACCUUUAAAUGCUCCCUCAUAGUUUUUCAGUUAUUUGGAAGUUGCAUUGGGUCAAACCGAACUCCUUGAGUUUGGUAUAAAUUCCUUUUUUGUGCUUACUAUAGUGAAACUUCAGCACGUUUCUUAGUAAACUCCCAUACCAUUGAAAUGCUUAAGCCAGUUGGCUUUCAGUCUCAUGCCUUAUUUCCUCCAAGGCAUGCCUCGACGCGUUGUUUGUCUUAUUGCUUAAAUAUGUCCAGAAGGAAUGAUCAUGUAUCUAAUAGACUACAUAGUCGGUUCCCUUGGGGAGUUAUAUAUCAUACGGUUACUAAAUUUUUGUCUAAAUUCAUUUUUUCCAAAAACCUGCUCUCAAAUUUUUCUUCUACUCUCAGUUCAUAAAUAAUAUAACCAUUGAAACAACACAUCAGCCUCUAGCUGAUCCUCUGAAAGUAGCCAUUGAAAUAAUCAAAUGCUGUGUGAACAGGAAAGGAAAGCAUUACCUUUAAGAGAAGCUUUAACAUAGGAAUUUAUUGAUAUUUCAUGAGAUAUAGGUUUACAGAAGACAUUAUUCAAAUAAAUAUGUACACUAUUUGCCUGAUGCUAUGGGGUACAUAAUUUUUUAAAAACUCCCUUAGACCAGCAGCCAUUAGUGUAGAAAUGAUGGACUUUAAAGGUGAUACCAUGUAAGCAGAUGUUGCAUAUAAAAAUAUUCCUGCCUGAAUCUGAUUGAGAUUCUUGAACAGGGGAGGAGUGGCUGCCGGCAGCACAUUGCAAAUGUCAUCCGAGGUCACGGUGAGGCUCUCGGUCCCGGAACAGUGGGGUCCUCGCCAGCCGUUGCCAGUAUCCUUUUCCUCCUGUAAAAUCAUAGCUUUGUGUUACACGACUGCUUAUCCAGUCUUAGGGUUUAGCAACUGAAAGGUUUACAAAACCGAAUCUGGUUGAAUCUCUGUGAAAGGGUCAACACAUCUGUCGGCAUUUUGCACACUUAUGUAUUAUUAUGAUACAACAUAUUACUUUAUGGUAAUUUUUAUUUUUACAUAUAACUACCUCCAUAAAUUUGAUGAAAUGGCAGCCGUGUGUUAAAGUGUAUCGUUCAGAAGCGCAAAGUUGAACACUUCCUUCAACAUUAGGGCAUGGCGUGCUGUGUGUGUCAGUGAUUGCCUCUGUGGACUCAUGACUUUCCAUCGCCAUGGCUUUCUCUUACGCCCUUGUUUGGCUUUCAGAUGUAAUCCUGUCUUCUCCUCUCUUCCCCACGAAAGCGCACUCGAUUUUGUUAGGAAUGAACGGAAGGUUAAAAAUUCUUGUGCCCACCCCCGCCCCCCACCCAUUCCUGUUAAAAGUUCUCUGGCGAAGAGCCAAUGGGUGAACGUAAUUGAGAGAGCUAUUUACUCCUUUGGAAAUCUGAUUUGAAGUCUAAGUUUUCAGUAACAGAAGACACACAAGCAAUGUGGACUGCCAAGCUUGAAGCACUUCGGGCUCUGCCUUCACUCGCAUGCUACCAUGUUGAGCCCAAACUCCACUUUAAUUAAAAGAGCUGUGCUGUGAAUUCCACAACUUCUGUUAAAUAAUUUGUAUUCCAUUAUAUAUAUUUUGCACAUCUCAGGGGACCAUAAUAAACAUAUGAAUGGGGGGGUGCCAUCACAUAGAGAAAACAAAUAGAAGAGGUGAAUGGAGACUAGCUGGAUAAAAAUAACAAGUUACUGCUUCUCUGAUGUGAAGGUCGGGUUCAGGAAGCGUCAAUUCACAGUUAAUCUGGAAUAACAAUGAUCUGAACACCAGCUGUUCCCAGGUCCCUCUUUUUCAUAGCCCAACCAGCAUUUCUAAAAUGUAAAUUUAAAUUACACUGCAGUCACCAUGGGGAGAAGAAACCUGUUCAGUGGAAGCAGAAGCAUCGUUCCUUUUUUAGGUUGGCGCAGCUUUGCAAAAUUCUACCCAGGAUAAACCACUUAUCACCACCAAGUGUACUUGAAAAUAAAGUUUUUAACUUAAAUUACAAGCAUAUUGCUCACGAUACAAUAGUGAUCAUUUUUUGAAAGUCUCACCAUUUAUAACAUGGGCAGUAUUUGGAGCUUGAUUUAAAAACCAACAACAUAAUGACUUUUCACGAUUCACUUUGGGAUCUCAAAGCGCUUCCAAAGCAUUCAGAUUCACAGACAAUUCACAAGACAGGCCAUCUUUGUAAUGCCCAUACUUGAAAUGAAUAAAACAAGAGGAGUGACUUAAGAUUCCCCAGAAACACAGUGGCAGCUAUCAAUGAUCUGUUUUCUAUCUGUUUGAUAGACCAGCAUGAGAAAUCACUAAAUAUAACGCUAUUUUUCUGAUGUGUGCUAAUAAAGUCAAAGAAAACAAAUACAACUUGACACUUUUGUCCAUUUUCAUUCAAAAAAAAAAAAAGUUCAGGGUGUUUGGAAUUUUACACCUCAGCACACCUUACUGGUAUCGAUGGAUGAAGCCGGUGACUGACAGAUCCACCCAAAUGCCAUUGCAGUCGGAAGCAGAUCUGGACACACACCCUUGUUUACAGUUUCAUACUGGGUUUCUAUAGUUUCUGUGCUAAAUCAUUCAGGAACACGACUGCUCCUGGCAGUGGAAGGUGCUGAAACAGAAAUUUUAAUUAAAAACUUUAUCAAGUACUCUUCACAGUGCUCCUUAGCACCAUAGAAAUUCAGUACAGUAUAUCGAGCCCUACUUUGGAGGAGCUGGAUUUCUGAGGGAGCUGAUCCAGUUCUAAGUGUUUUCUCAAAUUAGGAGACAGAUGAUCUUUGACAGGGAUCUCCUCCGUCACCACAGGCCAGUCACAACUAGCCAUGUGCUGCCAGACUUCAGUGGCCCAAGCAGGAGCAAUCUCUUCUUUCCCCGGUCUCCCCCAGGACCGUCCUGCCCAUUGUCAACAUCAUCCAGGGCUCUUCUGGUAGUGAUUGACAUUUCUACACAUGUUUAGGGCUUGGGGGAGCUAGAACACAGGAAACAUGAAUGCAAAAGGCACGGAAAACACUGUUUUGCUUUGGGUUAGUAAAAUGUGGGCAGGAAAGAGAUUACUAUCAGUCUGAGCUUUGCCAAGUGAGAUAAAAGAAUCAGCUGUCGCCCCAUUCCUCUCCCAGAAGGUCUUAUGGUAUUAAGGAUCCAUCCAAUAUUCUCCCACAGAUUUUUAUUCAGGAGAUGUUUCAUAAAUUACAUAUAUGAAAACAUUCAUUAUUACAUUUCAUUGUGUGUUUCACACAGACAUUGGCACCUUCCUAUUGAGUUAAUACUCUGCAUCUUUUGCAGCAGCAGCAGCCCACAAGGAGAUUCCCAGUGAUGGCUCCCCUAACACACAAUCCUGUGAUUUUACAGUUCUAUGACUUAUAGUUGAUGAUUCACAAGAUUCAGAAUUCUGCAAGACUCAAGGGGCACUAAACUUUCUUACGAUUGUACAUGAUCGGUUAUAGGGCUGUAAUCAUUAAUUGUUGGCUUCAAAUGUGGACACACACACACACACACCAUGCCAAGGAGGAAAGGGGGUGUUUCAAGUCAGGCAGCGAUGAUUCUGGAAGGCUGGAAAUGUAAGGUUAGAAGCUUGACUGGUCCAUGUACAGUUGCCUGCCUCCCUGUCCCAAGGCUGAUCUUAGUGAACCUGUUCCCUUGCUCCCACCAAGAAGAGGUACCAAAUGUGAGAACUGAGAUCUCCUCCAAUAUCUGUCCUCUGAAGUUCCAGGAAACUAAUCAUGAAGUACACACGCAGCAGCUCCUCCGCUUCCUUUCCUCCGAGGUCCUCCUUUCCAUUCUCCCACCUAGAUAGUGACACGCCGUGACGGUUUCCACAUAGGAAGGGCAGUGCACUGUGCAGUAUGGCACACACUUGCUGGGUGAGGAAUAGAGCUGCCCCAGGGUCACCUUCAUGCAAGUAUUGACAGCUACAAAUUAAAGUCCUUAGAGCAGUUGACACAGAUACUACGUUCUAGAAGAGAAUUAAAUUUAAACGUCAAGUUUAAAGGGAUCAUAAUUCUGCAGGUAUCUUUCUCUGAGUGACUGAAUGUGACUAUUGCAUUAGGGUAAAUGAAUUAAGAUGUGCAAGUGGGAUUUACUGUAUGUUAGAAAGGAGUUUUGCAGCCAAGACUGCCUUGAAUAAAAUGUGUUUGCACUGAAAAAAAAUUUUAAAUUACUUGGUCUCUGGUUGCUGUAAAGGUCAUCCAAGAUGGAUGUUCUGUUUAUAUUGUAUAGUAUUUCAUAUGAAAUAAUUACAGUUCAUGAAAUGUCUUCCCUAAUGUUACUGAUUUAUAACAGCACAUUUGUAACAUGGUUUUUAUCGUGUCCGUGUACCAUACUGUAAAUGAUGAUUACUUGUCAUGCUUAGUAUAAUAACUUAAAAGAAAAAAAAGGACAGGGAUUUUUGUAAGUCUAUAUUUGAAAGUCCCUCCCUAUGGUGAUACUGUGUUCAUGUUGUUUAUGUAGUGUUGUGUGAAAUAUCCAUUUUGGAUUGUGUUACUUUUUAAGAUAUUAAAUAACAUUUGGUUAUA